CACACAUAUUUGUCCGAGCCUGUAUAUAAAAAAUUGUAUCCAUAUGUGUGUAUAUACACACAGUUGAGCUCUGGAUUUGUAGUCAUUCGUGUGCUUCUCUCUCCACUCGAUCACUCGCCAUCUUCUUCAUCGUUUACCUCUUGACCAUAUCCAAAAAUCUGAAUUUGGAAGGUGUAGAUAUCAUUCAUAUGGGAAGAUAUUAGACAUAUAUCUCUUGAAUGGUCGCAGCCUAUAAUACUACGUUUCAUGGCUCGGAAGGGAAAUCAGCAGAAGAAUGGUUUAGACAAAAACUUGUCAAAGCAAAAGAAGGGAGUGUCUGAUUCUCUGUCUUCGUUGCCAAAUGCAAAGCAGAAGGGAAAGGUAAGUGACACCAAGGUUGAUAGCGGGGAAGAACUUUGUAAUGGUACACUGUCGAAUACUGAACAUUUGAGAGAGCACUCAAGUAGAACUGAUAAAGGAGGAGAUGAGAAGAAAAGCAAGCAAAAAUUUGAGAAACAUAUGAAAAGUAAAAAACAAGGGUUAAGUGAAGGACAAGGUCUGGAUCACCCAGUGAUCUCUGGACGAAUGUCACAAGAUACCCUUACAAGUAUGUCUACAGCCAAAGCUUCUGUGUCGAGAGAAGAAAUUGGAUCAUCGCCUAUCAGCAAUCUUGGUUCUCAUCUACAAAGUAGUUUAGGCGGCUCGCUUAGUGGAUUGCGUAUGGAAGAUACAGUAGAAAGUGUAGAGGUUCUUUAUAGACGCCUAAAGACUUUGGGUUUGUCAACACUAAAAGCAUCCAAGGAAUGGUUAGAGAAGAAAAAACCAUUGUUUUCAAUAGUAGCAACUAAUGCAUUACAUGCUCGUGAUUUUGUCAGAAUGAAGUUUGAGCAUGCAUAUCCAAUUGUCUUGCGAUGGACUAUGCAUUUUGUGAACAUAAUGCUUCUACUUGCAAUGAUAUGGCUGGACUGCUGUCUUAGAGGCAUUGAUUCCAUUCUACGUAUGGGGACAACAUCAUUUUUGGCAGUCAUAUGGUUCAGCAUCCUCUCUCUUGUCUCCAUGGUUGGUGUGACCAAAUUUCUUGUUAUUUUGGCUUUAAGUGCUUUCACGGGAAUUGUGGCUGGUUUCACCAUAGCUGUUAUUUUGAUUGCAUUGUCUGGAACUGUUUUAUUGUGGAUGUAUGGAAGCUUUUGGACAACAUCUAUAAUCGCUUUGUGUGGAGGAAUGGCAUUCACAUUUAGCCAUGAACGAAUUGCACUGUUGAUUGCCACCUUGUAUUCAGUAUAUUGCGCAUGGUCCUAUGUUGGAUGGCUUGGUUUGCUCUUUGGUUUGAAUAUUUCCUUCAUUUCCAGUGAUGCUCUUAUAUUUUUCCUGAGGAAUAAUAUAAAUGAGCGUAGAAGUCCCGACACCCCCUUUGAAUCAGCUGGACCAGGAAACUUUAGUGAGCAGAGGAAUGCUUCGUCCUCGGAAUCUGGUUUUGUUCCUACAGCUGACCGUAGCUCUGGAGUACCUUCAACAAGUGGAUCUGAUUCUGAUUUAACACCUGAAGAAGAAGUUGUUAGGUUGCUAAAUUGCACAGAUCACUAUUCAGCAUUGGGAUUCUCUAAAUUUGGAAACAUAGAUGUUUCUAUACUAAAGAGGGAGUAUAGAAAAAAGGCAAUGAUGGUCCACCCAGAUAAGAAUAUGGGUAAUGAAAAAGCUGCAGAAGCUUUUAAGAAACUUCAAAAUGCAUAUGAGGUUUUGCUUGAUUCAAUGAAGCGAAAAUCAUAUGAUGAUGAACUGAAGAGAGAAGAGCUGCUGAAUUAUUUUCGGAGGUUUCAGAAUGCACCUCAACAGGAUACAGGGUAUAGUUUCUUUGGCUCUAGAUUUGCUCGUACGGACCCUGAUGGUGAGGAAUUUUCUGGGGACUCUAGGCGUAUAAUCUGCAGGAAGUGCAGUAAUUUUCAUGUCUGGUACCAUACCAAGAAAUUGAAGUCUAAAGCAAGAUGGUGCCAGGAUUGCAAUGAAUUUCACCAAGCUAAAGAUGGAGAUGGGUGGGUUGAACAAUUUUCACAACCCUUCUUGUUUGGAUUGAUGCAAAAGGUAGAUGCUCCUUCUGCCUAUAUUUGUGCUGAUAGCAAAAUUUACAAUGCUACCGAAUGGUAUAUCUGUCAGGGUAUGAGGUGUCCAGCCAACACUCACAAACCAAGCUUCCAUGUGAAUACAAGUGUGACAUCAAAGCAUACUGGUGGGAAAGGAAUGAAUAAUGGACCAAGGGGAGGUGGUAUACCACCAUCUAACAUGGAGUCCAUGACAGAAGAAGAAUUUGUUGAGUGGUUGCAGAAUGCAGUGCAAGCUGGCAUGUUUGACAAUUUUGCUGAUGGUAAUUCGGAUAGUCCUAAUGCACGUGCUGGAAGCAGCUCCAAAGGCAGUGCAAGCAAUCCUGGAGGUGGGGGUGCUAGUAGUACUGGUGGCAAGAGAAAGAAAAAGGGAAAGAAACAAUGGUGAGCGUUAAGGCAACUUUAGCACACUUCUUGGGGAAGGGAGGCCAACCAUUUUGAGUCACGACAAAAUUGGGCAUAAAGAUGACCUUGAUUUGUGUUUUAGAAUACGCAAGUCUGAAAAAAUUGAUUCAUCUAAUUGUAUGCUUGUGUAGACUGAAACUCUCCAGCAUUAUAAAGACUUUAAAAGUCUGUAUAGCAUUUGCACCCCAUUUGUUGGGCAACAUAUUCAAAUAUAUAAGACUAUUCCAAUGAAUUGCCAACAAGUGUUUGUUCUUAUA